UAGAGAGUCAACGCGCCAUCAUAAUCUCCGUAUUUAUUACCCAGUCAACAAAAUCAACAAUAAGCACCAUGCGCCUCCUCAAUCUUGCCCCAGUUCUGUGUCUGCUCGGAUCCACUCAGGCCAUAUCAUUAGGCCAACGCUGUCUCGAAGCACUCAAUGCCAUGAGCACCGUUCCCGGCCAAUACAUCGCGACCAUCGAGCGGGAUACAUGCAGUUGGGGCUGCAAACCUCGGCCAGAGGAAUGGGAUACAGUGUUCGAAGGGGUCAUCCAAAAGGUUGUUGAAGAUGGGGCGCGAUACACUGGCAUUGACGAUCCCAAGGCGCAGGCUGCUUUCGCAAGCUACCUGAAUGACGUCUUCCAAAAUGUCAACAGUAAAUGUGGUGAUCGCCUCGGCGACGACAAUCUGUGCAGCGAUUCUCCCCAAGCGCUGGCACUGAAGCAAUGCGUCGAUGAUAACGCCAAGUGGGCAGCAACGACAGCUGCCUUGCGGCUGGUGGGCUAUUUGUCCGAGGACAGGUGCGAGAAGGUAUCGGAUUACUUCAAGAGUGAGCAGCUGUGGAACAAGGAUUUGCCGAACAGGUCACAGGUCUAUGUUCAGAAUUGUUAGGGGGUAUAGACUUUGGCUGAUAGAGGUUUCCAACGCUACCUUUAUGGUCCGCGGAGGAAAGAGGGAUUGUCGCUUUCCGAUGGGGUCAGACGAGAGACGGAUAAUCGGGCUGAAAUGAAAGGAAUAACUCGUGACGGAUAAUGGAAGAGCCAU